GCAACGGAAAGCCAAAUGUCCCACAGAUCCUCCCAUCGCCACUCCCACCUUGGCUCCUCCCGAAAUAGAACCACCUCCAGAGGACAUAAUGAAUCCAGCCCAAGUCAUUCGUUUGACUUUGAACGUUAUAAAUCCAAGUUGAUCAAGAUAUUUUUCCGGCCCGAUGAUUUGAUCACGCAUGGCUCGUCUGAAUACCGGGAUUUCUGGGCAUUUCUUCACAAGUAUCAGGCCUUCCAAAAAAAGACAGCCAGCCAUACCAAGAAACCGUCUCCCGAUCCACCAGGGUCGGCCAACCUUGGAUUGAGUCCGGUUUUUGAUCGAUCCCUACUUCAGUGCCUUCAAUUGGAACCGUCGGAUCCUCGAGAUCUUUUGAAUCGAAUUUCAUUGCAAGAUGAAGAUCGACCUCUUACUCAGGCCAUGAUUCUUGAAUUCCGACACAUUUUGACCUUAUAUAUUGACUUCCUGCAGAAGGAGAAGAUUGAGAAGAUCCGGAAACUUCGACAAAGUCAAGCCAAUUUGCCGAUUGCCGAAUAUCGGGACGUGAUCUUGGACAAGUUAAAAACUCAUCAGGUGAUCAUUGUUGCCGGCGAUACCGGUUGUGGCAAAUCCACUCAAGUGCCUCAGUAUCUUCUAAAUGCUGGUUAUAACAAUAUUGCGUGCACCCAGCCACGUAGGAUCGCUUGUAUAUCCUUAGCCAAACGAGUGGGGUUUGAAACCUUAAAUGAAUACGGCACUCAAAUCGGAUAUCAGAUUCGGUUUGAACGCAAAAAGACGGACAAGACGAAAGUGCUCUUUCUCACCGAAGGACUUUUACUCCGCCAAGUUUCGUCUGAUCCUAGUUUGAGUGGCUACGAUGUGAUUGUUUUGGAUGAAGUCCACGAGCGACAUCUCCAUGGCGACUUUCUUCUGGGAAUUGUGAAAUGCUUGGUUCACCAACGAUCGGAUAUCAAGGUCAUUCUCAUGUCGGCCACUAUCAACAUCAAGCUGUUCCAAGAGUAUUUUCACAAUGAGGCACCCGUAAUUCAAGUACCGGGACGAUUGUUUCCCAUCAAAUUGGAAUACCAUCCAGUGCCUUCAAUUGAAAAAAGUUCGAGUGAAAAGUUAAAUCCGGCUCCCUACGUGAGGAUAUUGCAACUCAUCGACAAGAAAUAUCCGGAUACGGAACGAGGCGACUUGUUGAUUUUCUUGAGCGGGAUCAAGGAAAUAACCACGGUGGUUGAUGCAUCCAAGGAAUACGCGGAGAAGACUAAUCGUUGGAUUGUUUUGGCACUUCAUUCGACUUUGUCGUUGGCCGACCAAGACAAAGUAUUCGAUUAUCCACCCGAGGGAGUACGCAAGUGCAUUGUAUCCACAAACAUCGCCGAGACAUCCAUCACGAUCGACGGGGUGCGAUUCGUGGUGGAUAGUGGAAAAGUCAAGGAGAUGCAAUAUGACCCUGUCUGUAAAAUGCAAAGGCUCAAAGAGUUUUGGAUCAGUCGAGCUAGUGCCGAACAACGGAAAGGUCGAUCCGGGCGAACCGGGCCAGGUGUUUGUUUUCGGUUGUUCUCAGAUGCGGAAUACAAGGCAUUGGCGCCUUAUUCCACUCCCGAGAUUCAGAGAGUACCCUUGGACAAUUUGAUACUCCAAAUGAUCGCUAUGGGCUUGCCCGAUGCCAGGAAAUUCCCCUUUAUCGAGCCUCCACCUGUUGAGAGCGUUGAAAAUUCCAUUCUGAUGCUCAAAGAGCAAGGGGCGCUAAAUGAGGAUGAGAGCCUGACCGUGAGUGGUCGAAUGUUGUCGAAUUUGCCCGUCGAUGUGACCAUCGGGAAGAUGCUGAUUAUGGGAACAAUGUUUCAUCAAGUCGAAUCCGUUUUAUCUUUGGCGGCAGCGCUGUCUGUUCAAAGUCCUUUUACAAAUUCUGCCUAUCGAGAUGCAGAUUGUGUGGCCGCACGACGAAAUCUCGACUCAGACCAUGGAGAUCCAAUUACUCUUCUUAACUCGUACCGAGAUUGGCUUAGGAUCAAAUCAAAUCCAUCGGAAUCAAGCAGAAAGUGGUGCAAGAAACGUGGACUUGAAGAGCAAAGGUUUUACGAAAUGACCAAGCUUCGAGCCCAAUUCAAGGAGCUCUUGGAGCAAUCCGGUUUGAUGGAAAAAGGCCACGAAGACAUGUCAAAGUUAAGCUCAUCAGAACGGGCUGUCAGACACGGGGAACUCAAGCAACUGAGAAAUUUAAAGCGCGACAUCCUCAAGAAAGAGGGACCACGGAAGAAGAAGAUUCUGAAGAUGACCAAUUUGGAAGGAGUAAUGGAAUCCGAAGACAUGGACGACAACACCGACCUUAAAGACAUCGAGUUUCGGAUGAAGAAUGACGGCAAGAAAGUUCGUGAUCUUUUAGAAGGAUCUAAAGCCAUCUCCUACAAAGACUUGUCCAUUCUCAAGCUCAUCGUUGCCGGCGGAUUGUACCCCCAGUUUGCAAUAGCUGACGAGUUCAAUCACGCCAAAUCCGGGGCGGAUCAACUCUUCCAUACUCGAGUCAAGCCGUUUAAUGUUCUACAUCCCAAUAGCAUAUUUGCCGCUAGUCCGGAAUAUCUAGCCCUCGACUCGAUGGAUAUUGUCAAUAUGCCCGGUUUUCCGGGCAAAUAUCCAGUCAGUCUGAAGCAUCAGAUCCUGGUUUACCUCUCAUUGCUCGAGACCAACAAACCUUAUUUAGUGAAUACCCUAAGAAUGCCGCUGCUCCAAGCCAUGCUCUUGUUUGCACAUACAAUUGACACCAAUAGCGUGUUUUCUCGAUUUGUUUUCGAUUCGUGGGUUGAAACGCGGUUUCCGGACAUUGAGCAAGCCCAAAAUAUCCUCUUGAGCGCUUCGAAAAUUCGCAGACAGUGGGAUAGGUUGCUCCAUUUAAGAUUACUCGACACCAUGGACAAGAUAGACGACCCGGUAGCGUCAGGAGAGGAGCAAACAAUCCUGGAGGCCAUGUUGUCCAAAAAUCUUUUGGACUUCAUGCACACCGAAAUACUUUUCUCUGUCAAGAGGCUGCUACCCGGAGACAUCAAAGUUUUGUACUUGGGCCCGAGCAAAGCUGACCUAGAUGUGACGGAGAAUCCUUUUGACAACAAAGAGUUUCAAGUGCAUCCCCAUGAGAAGAAAGGAGGCAUGAUUCUAACCAAAUACCUAGUUUACGGAUGCCUCGAGAACUCCGGAGAAGAGACACACUCACUCGCAAUGGAUUGGACAUGCGGGUUCUGUGAAAAGGAAAUGUACGUUGGACCGCUGGAACGAGUUUCUCAUUAUGGCCAAUGUCGGGAAGAAGCCGAGCGGAUAGAGAAUGAGAACAAAUAUUCGUCAUCAUCGGCUGCUUUAGCCUCGUCGUCCAAACCUGUUAGUCAGAAUGCUCGAUUCUAUUACUGUGAGACUUGUGAGAAGGAUUUCCAAUUCUCUGCUGUCGAAAUCUUGAAGCACAAGAAGAGCCAUCGAAGAGUGGAUUCCUAA